CGUCGGUCGGUUAGGUCACUUAUCGAAAACCAACCUACCGCUUGGCCUUUCUUGUUUAGACUGAGUGCCGAAUCUAGCAGCCUGCUACGACCUACACUAAACCCAACAUUUGUUGCGCCCGCCGUCCUCCUCACACUCUUACGACUCCCAUCUUUCUCGAUUACAAUCACUGGUGGACUGUUGUUCUUGACUAUUGCCCGGAAGCACACCAGCACGAGCAACUCCACCUCGUCCCGUUUCUACGUCUUAUCAAACAACUUAUCUAAUUCCAUACCGCCCGCCAUGUCUUCGAGGAAGAAGGUUCUUCUCAAGGUUAUCAUCUUGGGCGACAGCGGUGUCGGAAAGACCAGUUUGAUGAACCAAUAUGUCAACAAGAAGUUCAGUGCUAGCUACAAGGCCACUAUCGGAGCCGAUUUCUUGACCCGGGAGGUUCUGGUGGACGACCGCCAAGUAACCAUGCAGCUGUGGGACACGGCCGGACAAGAGAGGUUCCAGUCGCUGGGCGUUGCCUUCUACCGCGGUGCCGACUGCUGUGUUUUAGUAUACGAUGUCAACAACUCCAAGAGCUUCGAUGCGCUCGACAGCUGGAGAGACGAGUUCCUUAUCCAAGCAUCUCCGCGAGACCCGGAUAACUUCCCGUUCGUCGUGCUGGGUAACAAGAUCGAUAUGGAAGAGAGCAAGAGGGUGAUUUCGACCAAGAGGGCCAUGACCUUUUGUCAAUCCAAGGGCAACAUUCCGUAUUUCGAGACCAGUGCAAAGGAGGCCAUCAACGUCGAGCAGGCCUUUGAGGUUAUCGCCAGAAACGCGCUCAUGCAGGAAGAGUCGGAGGAGUUCAGCGGAGAUUUCCAGGAUCCCAUCAACAUUCACAUCGAGAACGACCGGGAUGGGUGCGCGUGCUAAGGGCGAAGGAGCUCCAUCAAGCUUCAAGUCCUCCUUUUGGGUUUAUGAGGGAGUUUGGUUUUUCAUGUCUUCAUUUGUAUGAUAUCACGCUGGGUAUGACAGGAAUGCGGUUUUGAUCUUGGCCUGAAGAGACGGUGCUUAAUGACCAGUGAGUUUGGAACGGGGGGAGUCAAUGGGGUGCGCAAGAGUGGACGUGAACGGUGACGAGCAAUGAUAGAUAUGCACUGGUGUAGAUGGGAGUAUGGAAUAAACAUAGUCUUGGUACGGGAGGUUUUUAUCUCGACUGUCUUUCCUUCUCGAGUUUCCAUAGCUGAGUAUCUGGUAAUUUGCAGUGGUCUUUCUGACUGU